GUUUUCUUGCAAUUAAAAAAUGUAAAACAACACCAACAACAAAGAAACCGUCACAAAAAAACUUCGGUAUUCCAGUUCCGGGUUAAUCGUGAACAAAUCCACAAUGUAACCACAUAGAAGGACGAGUUGUUUUAAAGUAAAGUUUUGUGAGAGGCAGAUCGUAUAAAAGUUUAAUAUCAAUAAGCGAAUGUCAACAACAACAAAAAAAAAUACUGAAGCGACCUCUAGUCCGUUAGAUGACGUUUGAAGUCCACUUCCGGUUAUAACGUAAACAAACCCAUGUAUUUAUUUAUGUUAUUUUAUUUACUCACUUACACGCGAGAUCGUAUUGAAAUUUAAUAACAACAUUAUUGCAAUUAAAGCGAAGAACCCCCCCAAAAAAACAAGCACUCAUUUGCAUUUCCGCUCUCUUUAACCCCGCCCUUUGUUGUGAUACUUUGUCACGUGACGUACGGGGGGCCCGUACAUUUCAACGUCUAAAUAAAUAGCUGACCCAAAGUUGCUUCGUCCAUUCACGCCACGUUAUUCGUGAAAGGAAGUAAUUGUAAAAAAAAAAAAAAAAAAGUCGGUAAUUUCCUGACUGUAUUAUAAAUCCGUGUCAUGGGUUUAUUUUGUAGCUCAACCCAGAUGAAGAUGAUUUUCUGCGUUAUAGCGGCUCUGUUUGCUCUGACUGUAGCCAAUACAGCAGGCUCAGAUAAUAAAAAUCUCCUGCUCAGGCUGAACCAGGAUCUGCUUCGUUCCACCGAAAAUCAGGAGUCUCUUCCCAACCCGAGCAUACACAUCGCCCUGCGCCUCUCCACCCAGCAUAACCUGAUCAAAGAGGGCCAGUACCUCAACCAGCUCAAGACCAAGUUCCAUGAGGACAUUCAAAGCACUUUAAACACGGGGAAGCCUGUGGUGGGCCGCCUCGCCCUCUACGUGUUGGCGUUAAAAGCUUCCUGCCAUGACCUGAGCAAUGUAUCACUGUUGACGGGUGAGAAGAGCGAACCACUGCUCACACACCUGAAGAAACAGAUGGAGUUGGAGAAGGAGCACAUUGCAAUCAGCGAUCGUCCCCUGACCAACUACUACCAGUACUCUCUGGGCAUUCUGGCUCUGUGUGUAAGCGGAGUGAGAGUGAGCUCUCAUGUCAGCCACAAGCUCACCCAUGCCGCCCUGCACAGCGCAUUCAAACACGGCGACUCCGAAAGUGUGGACACCCUUGCGAUAGCAGGCAUAGCUCUGCAGUGUCUGAAAGAAGCUGAAACCCCGGUUAAAAACAAGAAGGAGUUGGAUGAGGCUCUGGCCACCAUCAAACAGAAGAUUGUGGACUCGGAGCGAGCCGACGGACACUUGGGCAAUGAGUUCAGCACCGGCCUGGCUGUGCAGGCUUUACUGGCAUUGGGCAACAAUGUAAAUGAGUGUUCUAAGUUUAUGAAGGCUCUGUGGACUGAUGUCAGAAAAGGUACCUACCACAAUCCCAUGGCAAUCUCUCAAACCCUCCCUGCUCUCCAGAAACGCUCGUACCUCCACCUGAAGAACAAGGAAUGUCUCAACGAGGACGAUACGCUCGUUCUGGAUCCGGUUCCAGUCGUCCUGCCGACCCUGACGAACGUUCUUCUGCCGGUGGAGUUGGAGGUGGUGAAAGCAGACGGCUCGUCCUUCAGUUAUCAGAUCAACGUUCCCAACGGCACCUCACUCCUCGAGACUCUCACACUGCUCCAGCAGCAGCAGGCGAACUUCAGGUUUGAGACGGAGGACAGUCUGUGGGGGCCGUUCCUUAGUGUACUGAACGGAGAACAGGCACGACAGACCGACCGGAGAUACUGGCAUCUAGCUUCAAACGGACAAGGACUGAGUCAGGGCAUAAAGGACUAUAAGGUUGAAGCAGCUCAGAAGAUCACCAUCAAGAACACAGGCUACUGAUCUGGGUCCAAAACGAGACAAGGGAAUCUUUAAUGAGAAUAAUACUAGUAACUUUUUAGUGCUCAUCUAUCUUUUUUAAUGGAUGUUUAAUACACCGGGUAGUUCCGACCCACUAAUCCCAUUGGUUCGAGCAGCGUUCAAAGAGUGCUGGGACAUUUCACUGUGUGUAUCACACGGCUUGUCUGUGUUCACUACGUACAAUUCCAAUAUUCUAGCAAUAGUUCAUUACACUGAAACUGUUACUACACUUACUAUCAGUCAGUUACCAUCGCGUUACUAUGGUGUUACCAUGGCAACACUCUAUAUCCAGCUGUGGCUUCUUUGGGAACUAUUUUUCUUGAUGAAGCAAAAAUAAACAAAAUACUUGGC